UAUCUCGUGAAAAACUGUCCAGAAUACGCCCAACGCGUUUAUAUUAGUUUAACCUGUUUUUAAACUCUCCUAAUAUUGUUGCCUGCCGGGACAACGACUCCCAUUGUCAGGGUGCAUACAUGAGGAUCUCAUCAUUAUAUGCAGAUCUCUGGUUCAACCCACCACAGUGUGUGUGAGCCUGUGUAGAAGAUAAUAGUGGAAAUAGGGCAGGGUCCAGGAACGAGACACACUAUUCGCUUUUAAAUGAAUGAUUCUAUGCGUUUUAAUUAUUAUUUGAUAGUGAUUGCGCUGCUACACAGAAUUAUACAUUAGCCUCGAUCGGCAUUCUAUGAGAUGGAUCUACCGAGACAAGCUCAAGAGGGGUUUGUAACCAUUAAAACCUGCAUUUGUGCUCAACUUUGGGAACUAUGUUGAGUCGAUCUGGAGACACGAAAGAAUGUCGCAAUUGAGUGGUAACUGUUUCUUUCGUUUCGAUUGUUCGUUAGCUGUGUAGUAGUCGUGUCGUGACUUCACAAUAACGGUGGCUAUCAAUGGUGGUAGUGGCCCACUGUUUUGGUUUAGGAUUAUUGCAGGUUGGGCAAAUUCGUGCGAAACCAGAAAUACAGGUGGACUCAUAUCACUUGUUUACCUGUGCUUAUAGACCUUACUGUAUGCAAAGUAUCCUUGCAUGUCUUGUGCAUAGAAUGUCUUUGAGGAUACUUGCGUAAUGUUGACUUUGGAUGUAGACGUCUGCUUACUGUAUACAUAUAAAAACACUGAGGAAGUAUUGUCAACCAAAAGAGACAUUUAAAAAUGAGUCAAGUUGAAGGGAUAUCCUUGUCCGUCCCCUCUUUUUGUCCUUGCGUGAACCCUGAGGGUGCCCGCGGGUGCUUUGCUGGCUCCAGAGAAGAAGGUGGCAAUUGUGCCCCCAUUCCCGCGGCUGGGACUUUCUGGCACGACUCCGCGGUCAGUGGAAGCGUCAGCCCUACUGUCUCUACCUGCCCGAUGGACGGGGGUGGCUUGUUGUCUACCGGGAAAUGUAAAAACAGGACUGUUACGGUGGUAUACGUGAUGAACAGCGAGCUCUCUCAGACGCACACUGCUGAGAGCAUGGCCCUGCUGUGCCUGAAAGACGCGUGCGACUCAAUUGGAAGUAAAUUAGAAAUAAUUCAGUUUGGGAAGAUCGACUUCGGAGAGACGACUGUGCUUGAUCAGUUCUAUAAUGCAGACAUAGCCGUGGUGGAGAUGACGGACGCUUUCCGCCAGCCCUCCUUGUUCUACCACCUGGGUGUGAGGGAAAGCUUCAGCAUGGCCAACAACAUCAUCCUGUACUGCGACAGCAAUUCUGACUCGCUACAGUCCCUGCAGGAUAUUAUUUGCCAAAAGAACACUACGUGCUCGGCCAACUACAGCUUCAUCCCAUACAUGGUGACGCCCCACAACAAGGUGUUCUCCUGCGAGAGCAGCAUGAUAAAGGGCCUGACCGAGCUGAUGCAGCCCAACUUCGAGAUGCUGCUGGGGCCCAUCUGCAUCCCUCUGCUGGACCGCUUUAUCCAGCUGCUCAAGGUGCCGCAGGCCAACUCCUGCCAAUACUUCAGAGAAACCAUUCUUAAUGAGAUCCGGAAAGCACGGGAAUUGUUCACGGGGUCAGAGCUGGCCACAGAACUCAGCCGUAUUCAGCAACGAUUGGACAACGUCGAGUGCCUUUCAGCUGACAUUGUCAUCAACCUGCUUCUGUCCUACAGGGACAUCCAGGAUUAUGAAUCCAUAGUGAAGCUUGUGGAGACACUGCAGAAGCUGCCCACAUUCGACCUUGUGGACAAUGCGCAUGUCAAGUUCCACUAUGCUUUUGCACUGAAUCGGAGAAACCUUCCUGGGGACCGUCAGAAGGCACUGGACAUAAUGCUUCCUCUGGUGGAGUCUGACGAACAGGUGGCCUCAGACAUCUACUGCAUGGUGGGGCGCAUCUACAAGGACAUGUUCCUGGAGUCCCACUUCACUGACAAAGCGAGUAGGGAUCAGGGCACAGCCUGGUUUAAGAAGGGGUUUGAAUCCGAGCCAACGUUACACUCUGGUAUCAACUACGCCGUACUGCUCCUGGCAGCGGGACACCAGUUUGACGCCUCCUUCGAGCUCCGUAAAGUUGGAGUGAAGCUGAGCAGCCUGCUUGGGAAGAAAGGUAGCCUGGACAAGCUGCAGAGCUACUGGGAUGUGGGUUUCUUCCUGGGAGCUAGCAUUCUGGCCUGUGACAACACCAGAGUCAUACAGGCCUCUGAGAAACUCUUCAAACUCAAGGCUCCCGUCUGGUAUUUGCGCUCUCUCGUGGAGACUAUACUGAUUUACCAGCACUUCAAAAAGCCCUCUGUGGAGCAGCCGCCCAAGCAGGAACUGGUGGACUUCUGGAUGGACUUCCUGGUUGAGGCCACAAAGAAAGACGUGUCGUCUGUCCGCUUUCCUGUGCUGAUAUUGGAGCCCACUAAAGUGUAUCAGCCCUCGUACCUGUCGAUAAACAACGACGCGGAGGAGAACACCGUUUCCAUCUGGCACGUUGCCCCUGACGACAAGCAAAGGGGAGUCCAUGAGUGGAACUUCAGUGCCUUGUCAGUAAGGGGUGUCAGUAUUUCCAAGUUCGACGAGCGCAGUGCCUUCCUGUACGUGCUACACAACUCAGAGGACUUCCAGAUCUACUUCUGCACGGAGAUGCACUGCAAAAGAUUCUGUGAUCUGGUCAACAGCAUCGCCGAGGAAACAUGGAAAGGUCCGGAAGAGGGAGAGUGUGACUCUGAGGCCCUAGAGUACGACUAUGAGUAUAACGAGCACGGGGAGAGGGUGGUUCUGGGAAAAGGUACAUUUGGAGUGGUGUACGCUGGCCGCGACCUUAGCAACCAGGUUAGGCUGGCCAUCAAGGAGAUACCAGAGAGAGACAGCAGGUAUUCUCAGCCCCUCCAUGAGGAGAUUGCACUUCACAAACACCUGAAACACAAGAACAUUGUGCAGUACCUGGGCUCCAUCAGCGAGAAUGGUUUUAUCAAGAUCUUCAUGGAGCAGGUUCCUGGAGGAAGCCUGUCUGCUCUGCUGAGGUCUAAAUGGGGCCCUCUGCAGAAUAAUGAGCCCACCAUUGGCUUUUAUACCAGACAGAUCUUGGAGGGACUCAAAUACCUCCAUGACAACCAGAUCGCUCACAGAGACAUCAAGGGUGACAAUGUGCUUAUAAACACAUAUAGCGGAGUUCUGAAGAUAUCCGACUUCGGCACCUCUAAACGGCUGGCUGGGAUUAACCCCUGCACUGAGACCUUCACUGGAACACUACAGUACAUGGCCCCGGAGAUCAUAGAUAAAGGCCCUCGAGGUUACGGGAAGCCGGCAGACAUCUGGUCCCUAGGCUGCACCAUCAUUGAGAUGGCCACUGGGAAACCACCCUUUUACGAGCUAGGGGAACCACAGGCUGCAAUGUUUAAGGUUGGUAUGUUCAAGAUCCACCCUGAGAUUCCAGACUCCAUGUCCGUGGAAGCCAAGGCCUUCAUCCUCCGCUGCUUUGAGCCCGACCCCGACCAGAGAGCAACCGCACUGCACCUCCUUACUGAUGAGUUCCUUACUGUCACCAGCCGCAGAAAGAGAGCCAAGAGCAACUUCGCAGCUCUUACACCAGCUGGUUCAGAGUACCUGCGCAGCAUCUCCCUGCCGGUGCCAGUGGUGGUGGAGGACACCAGCAGCAGCAGCGAGUACGGCUCCGUCUCCCCUGAAAACGACCUCAACACCAACCCCUUCAUCUUCAAGCCCAGCACCAAGUGUUACAGCGAUCGGGAAGUCAAAGGGACCCGCUCCUUGUUCCUUAGCAUCCCAGUGGAGAACUUUGAGGAUCACAGUGCUCCUCCGUCUCCAGAUGAGAAGGACACUGGCUUCUUCAUGCUGAGGAAAGACAGCGAGAGACGGGCCACUCUGCACCGCAUCCUGACUGAGGACCGAGACAAGGUGGUGGCCAACCUCAUGGAGGCCCUGAAACAGGGUUCGGAGACAUCGGACACUAAGUUGAGACCUCAGCAUAUCUCCACCCUGGUGAUCAGUCUGGGGGACUUUGUGCGUAUGGCGGACAGGAAGAUCAUAGCCAGCACCCUCUCUCAACUUAAACUGGAGCUAGACUUUGACAGCACAGCUAUCAGCCAACUACAGGUGGUGCUUUUUGGAUUCCAGGAUGCAGUUAACAAAGUACUAAGAAACCACAACAUCAAACCCCACUGGAUGUUUGCCCUGGACAAUAUCAUCCGUAAAGCUGUUCAGACAGCCAUCACCAUCCUGGUGCCAGAGCUAAGGCCCCACUUCAGUCUAGCCUCAGAGAGCGACCUGGCCGAUCAGGAUAACGUUGACGAUGAUGUGGACCCUGAGGAUAACUCCGCCCACCAAAGCAGAGACCCGCCCAAUGCUGUCCAUGACGACACUGUUGUCACCUCGGGCGUGAGCACGCUCAGUUCCACUGUUUCACAUGAGUCCCAUAAGGCCCAGCGCUCGGUUACCAUGGAAAUGGGCAGGAUGAAGCUGGAAACCAACAGGCUAUUGGAACAGUUGUUGGAGAGGGAAAGAGAGUAUCAGGCCAUCCUCCAGCAGGUCCUGGAUGAGCGGGAACAGGAGAUCAAAUUACUAAGGAUGCGCUCAGAGCCCAGUGAUGUGCCUACUUGGUCGGUGAGCCAGAGGGGCAAGUCCGCCGGGAGAGAUGAAGGGAUGAUCAAGUGGCUGAGACUGCAAGGAGCGGACGAUGACACCAUCGAGACGAUCUCAAGUGAAGAUUACACAUUGGAUGACCUUCUCCACUACGUGACGAGAGAUGACUUGAAGAGUUUGAGAUUAAGAGGUGGGAUCCUGUGUAAACUAUGGAAGGCUAUCACAGAUUAUCGACAGAAACCAGCGUGAGCAACCCUGAUACGGAGCCAGUACAGUAGAAAAACAAGAUAUACUCGCAAUACAGUUGAUCAACCACUAGGUUUUGGCCUAAGAUUUCAUGUAAUGUUUGCGUGUAGGUAAGCACACUUUCCUGUUUGAUGAACAUCCAUUUAAAAUAAUGGGAAACAUAGGUCGAAAUGUGGAUCAUGCAUUUGACUUUGGUGAGAAGAUCCCAUAGCAGCAUGUAGACUAAUGUAAUUAUUUAAGUAUAUUAUUGGCCUUAUUUAUAAUCAUUUUGCACGAGAGGUCUCCUUUUUGACGUGACUAGUUUAUUCCUGUUUCCACAACAAAUGUAAGGCUACCGUUUAUCCAUUGCUCAUUCCAUAGCCCACAAACCAUGCUUGAUGACCAUGCUCAAAAUGUUAAAUAAAGCGGUAGUCUAUAUAAAAAUUAAGGUAAGUUAGUUUUGCCGAAUACGUGGCCAGUGAUUCCCACUAGCUAUUUAGCUAUAUAUUUUUUUAGGCAAUGCAAAAGAUUACAACUUUCUUACCACACCUCUACAGGAAUGUGGGGAAUUUUUAUUUUGUUUUUGUAAUCAAAUCUGACAUUGUGCUUUGUUUUAGAAACUUUCCUGUCCCAGUUCCAAAGCAUAGAGCAAAGUCUUUUUUACCAUUAAAGAUGAAUGCAGAAUAUUUUCCUAGAGAUUGUAACACAAAUUCACAAAAAAACAUGUAUAUGUUACGUACAACAUUUUAAUAAUUCCAAUGAAUCAUUGGAUGAAUCUCAAAAUGUUUGCGCAAGCAAAUCCUAGACUCGGUGUACGAGAUAUGUACUUGCAGUUAAUGAAGGGCCUAGGACCUUCAGCACAACAGUGGCAACAAUUUAGUAAUCCCUUCACUUCUCACCACUGCACUUUUCAUCUGGUUGUGCUAUUUAUUAGAUGAAGCCUCUGUCCUUAUAGGGGACCGUUCCAGUGUAGUUCAUCAUGAAUAGAGGACUGACAGGCGAGUUCUACAAGUCUCUCUGUGCAUUAAUGACCUUGUUUGGUCAUGGAAAUGUUUUGGGGGAAAUUACAAUUUUCUAAUUGGGUUACUUUUGUAUGUAAAAGCAACAAAGCGCCACUAGGGUUUAUCACGUUUAACUGUAAGAAAUUACACAUUUUUAGCUGGUGCUACAAGAUUCACAGGGCAAACAGUUGAAGGUUACCUAUAUAUAUGUAUGGAUAUUUGUUUAACCUUUAAAUGUUAAUUUGUUGUAGAAAUCACUCCUUGACAUUUGUUUACAAGACAUGAAACUGACCAUUUUCUAAACCAAGCCUGAGACACAAAAUUAAAUGUUAACUGAUGUGCUUUAGUUGCUGUACAUUAUCUUGAUUAACAAUAUUGUGUUGUUGGUGUCUUCAUAUCACGUCACUAUUUAAAUGUGUUUUUAUGGGUCUAAUCUAUUCUCAAGGCCUCCACUGCCUGCCUGCCUUUUGUACCUUAUCAUUUAACUGUCUUGGAAGGCUAUGAAACUUUGUAGCGUGUAACUUAAAAGCUGUUUCUGUGUUUUAAAAUCACUUAUGUUAGGCAUUUUAUGUGUGAUUCUGUAUAUAAUUACAAUUUUAUUUGCAGUAAUUUACUAUUUUUCAGUGAAAGCAUUUACAGCUAAAUAUCCGUUCAAAAUGUGUAAUGCACCUUUGUGUUGGCAAAUAUAUACAUAUUAUUGAUACUGGCUAUGGGGGAAAAUGUAUGAUGUAAUCUAUGCAUUAUACUUUGUCACAUUUUGUAUAAUAUUUGAUAGGACAAAACAGACAAAUCAAUUAAUAUUUUACUCUAUGGAAGAUGUAUUUUGUUGUAUAUUUGCAGAAUUAAUUGAGUUUUAUUUAGCCUGCCUUCAUUUGUAUGAUAUUAAACGUGCAAAUAAUUUACAGUAAAUCCAAUGUAUAUGUUUAAAUGAAAACCAUAACUGAACUUGUUUUCAUAUACCACCAAGCUUUCAUUUUUUUUAUUUAAAGUAUUUCUGUCAGAAAUUACAAAUUAAGUUUGGUUCAAACGUGUCUGUUUUUUAAUAUUCAAGAUAGAUUGGUGACAUUAUUUGUGCAAUAACAUAUUGUUGUGUAACACAAACAUGUGUCCUAACAUAACUGUGAAAUAAAGUGUAAUUUG